GUUUUUAUCAACUAAAUCACUUUAAUUCAUUUGUCUCAGUUAAUUCAAUUAACUUACAUCAUUUUUUAAUCUUUACAAUUAACUCAUUUUCUAACUAAUUUGCUAAUUGUAAUUGUGCUUUAGUGGCUGUUGACGUUUUCUUUUGCCUGGUCUCCUUUUUUUCCCUUAGAAUUUUCCACAUCUUGAAAAUAUUUUGUUCUCUUCUAAUUUUGAUAGAAUUCCAAUUCUCAUUUAUUUCUUUACCUUAGUAACCUUGCUCUUGGUUUAUUCUCAUCUUCUUUCACAUCGAAAUGGCUGAAAUUUUCCACAACCUGUUAGAUACCUACAAUGUUACCUUGGAAGCUUUUCUGGAUAAGGAAAAUGUGUUGACCAAUGUUCUCAAUAAAAUUGAAAAUGUAACCAAUGUUAAAAAACAAUACAUUGCCAAUGGAAUUGUCAGUCUUUUUGGUUUAUACAUGAUUUUUGGUUCUUUUGCUGCUUUGGUUUGUAAUGCUGUUGGUUUCCUUUAUCCUGCAUACCAAUCAUUAAAUGCCUUGGAAACUGUUAAUGCUGAUGAUGAUCGUAAAUGGUUAACCUAUUGGGUUGUUUUCGCCUUUUUCAGUUUAAUCGAAUUCUUUGCUGAUACCAUUUUCAUGUGGUUCCCAUUUUAUUGGUUGGCUAAAAUUGUCUUCCUUGUCUGGUGUUUCUUCCCAAUCGAACGAAAUGGCUCCAAUGUGAUAUAUUCUCGUAUUAUUCGCCCUUACUAUCUCAAAAGACGUGACAAUAUCAAUGACAACAUCGAAAAGGUCAAAAGUGGCUUAUCUGGUCCAAUUGCUGAUAAGGUUCGAAAGGGAGUUUCCGAUGUAUUCAAAUCAACCGGUGGCGAUAAAUCUGAUUAGUUUCCUUUUCCUAUUGAAACAGUAACACCAACUCAGCAUGAAUCGAUAAAGAACAAACAACAAAACAUCAACAAAUUAAAUCUUUUUAUCCCCGUUUGCCUGUAUUAUGAUAUAUUUGCCAUACAAUAAACCAUAGUCCAUCUAUGUGUCCACCCUA